UUUAAUGCAGUUUUCAUUUAUUUUAUUUUAUUUUUUAUUAUUUUAUUUUUCUUAUUUUUCUUGUUAUUUAUUUUAAAUAUGACAGAUAUUACAGACGUGUAUUCAACAGAUAUUGCGCUAAUCGUUAAUAAAUUACAACUUCAAUUAAAUGAAAUAAAUAAAGCACAAAAUGAACUGGUUGAAUCUAUUUCCAUGUUAAAUGCUAAUUCAGCAUUACAAGAAGAAUUUAAUGAUAUUAAAGCUAAUAUGGAUCAAGUAGCAACUUAUAAUACAAAAUUACGUUCCUUAAAAGCAGCCAUGUCCAUGUUAUCAGGAAGAUCUCAACAAUUAAAAGAACGAGCUAAUAAACUAAAAUCAAUAAAACUCAAAUAUCUUUCUGAGACUGAUCAGAUUCGUAAAAUAGAACAAGAAAAAGAUCAAACCAUCGCAGCAAAACCAUCUUCUACUUCAUUAUCAACAAUGGAUUCAAUACCUAAAGUGAAAUCCAUUAAAAAGAAAAAGAAAACAAAAGCAAGAGAAGUGAUCAUUGACUAAAAAAUAUCUCUG